GAUGAAUUGAUAUAGAUAGCCUAAGUAGCUACUUAAAGAGCACCAACGCCCGCUUAGUUACGGCUUUCAUAAUACAUUCAGCAAAUCCCAAUCAACAUUUGUUGAAUACUCUAUCAUAAUCCCUCUAUCUCGGUUCUUCCUAUUCUAGUGGAGGCAGCUAGAAAAACGACCCUGCCAAAACACCCACUUACACGGCGAGACUUGCGGUACCGCAUACCCACGGUUUAGAUAUUCUGUUCUUUGUACUGUUUACAAAUCUUUAUCGUCAAGAACUCAUUGGCUGUUGUGUCCGUGAUACUACGGGUUUUCUGGUCACGCGAAAUUAAGAGAUACGCCAUGAUCGGACAUGUUCUGGGGCGUAGGGGGGCGGAACGGCGCUUGUUGGUGACUUGCAAGAGACUGGCCAGUACAGCGACUCAACAAGGACCAAAAGAGCGCAUCGUCGUUCUAGGCUCGGGCUGGGCUGGAUACGCUCUCGCAAAGACAAUAUCUCCCUCUCAAGCCUCUCGGAUUCUCAUCUCUCCUCGUUCUCACUUCGUCUUCACUCCCCUCAUCGCCUCAACCGCCGUUGGCACUCUCGAGUUCCGAGCUGCUGUCGAACCCUGUCGUAAACUCGAUCUUACAGAGUUCCAUCAGGCUUGGGCUUCUGAUAUUGACUUCGCUAACAAAACCAUCACCGUUGAAGCUAACCAGCGUGAUGGAGUCACAGCCCGCUCGGGCAAGGAUCUGUUAAAGGGCCUCGAGUUCCAGGUUCCGUAUGAUAAGCUUGUGGUAGCUGUUGGAUGCUACAGUCAGACUUUUGGUGUGGAGGGUGUUAAGGAGCAUGCAUGUUUUCUGAGAGAUGCUACAGAUGCUCGAACAGUACGUCUAAAAGUGCUGCAGAAGUUCGAGCAGGCUGCUCUGCCUAGCACAAGUGCUGCUCAGAGGAAACGAUUACUUCACUUUGCAGUUGUUGGUGGCGGCCCUACAGGUAUCGAAUACGCAGCUGAGCUUCACGAUCUUAUACACGAAGACUUGGCCAAGCUGUAUCCCGAACUGAUGCCUCAUGUUGCCAUCACCAUCUACGAUAUUGCACCAAAGGUCCUCCCUAUGUUUGAUCGCAACUUGGCCGCAUACGCUACAAACAUCUUCAGCCGCGCAGGCAUCAAAGUCAAGACCGAACAUCACCUCCAGGGCAUUCGACGAGACGAUGAUGUUCUUCUCAUGCGUAUCAAGGAAGAAUCCGAAGAAGUAGCAGCGGGCGUUGUCGUCUGGAGCACGGGUCUCAUGCAGAACCCCCUGGUUGGCAGGUUAGUUGGACGAGAAGUGAAGGGCAUGGGAAAGAUCGCAAAGAAUUGCAAGACAGGCGGUUUCGCUGUUGAUUCCCACCUUCGAGUCCAGGUCGAAACCCAAGAUUCCAACGGCAAACAAAUCACAAAGACACUCCCCGACGUCUACGCAAUUGGUGACUGCGCCAAUAUCCAAGGCGAAUCACUUCCCGCCACAGCACAAGUAGCAAGUCAACAAGCUACAUAUCUCGGCAAGAGAUUCAACGCUGGAACAUCUUCUCAGGGGCCUCCAACUGCACCGUUUCACUUCCGUAACUGGGGUACAAUGGCGUAUCUUGGAGGUUGGCGGGCUAUUCAUCAGAAGGGUGCUGAUGAGCUCAAAGGUCGAGCGGCGUGGAUUCUGUGGAGGACGGCGUAUUUGACCAAGAGCAUGAGUUUAAAGAAUAAGCUCAUGAUACCUUUUUAUUGGUUGAUUACAUGGAUUUUUGGCCGAGAUAUCUCGAGAUUUUAGAAUUGAAAAUUCGAGGAGCUGUUGUACUUAUUGUGUGAGGAAACUAAGGUUGUAAGAACACUCAACAUCCAAAAUAUAUGCAUGGUUUUAGUCGCUUGUUACAAACUUCAAACUAUUGAAAAAAGAAAAUUUAAG